AUGCGUUUCUCCCCCGUCGCAAUCCUGUGCUCCAUGUUCGCAGUGUCUAGCCUUGCUAGCCCUGUUGAAUCUUCGACCCUGAGUGUCGCAACCGAGCGAUGCUAUAUCCUCUGCGACAACAGUAAACCGUACGGUUCGAGAUCGAUUGAGAAGCGCGAAGCAGUGGAGACCAAGUAUGAGGCUUUGUUCAAAAUUGCCACGCCCUGUUGCAUCAAUUGCGAUAACCCCUACGCCCGAUGUGGCUCAAGCUCGAGUGAAAGGCGCGAGGACGUUGAUAGAGAUCACGAAGCUUUGUUCGGAAGCGUUAAGUGGAAUGAUGAUGUCAGCUCUCCGCAGUGGCCCAGCAAGCGCUGCUGUAUACUGUGCGAUGACCCCUACGCCCGAUGUGGCUCGAACGACAAGCGUGAACUGGUCUCCACCCUGGAAGAGGCUGUUGGGGGUACGAACUAA